AUGUCUCGCUACACAGCCCUCCACGCCAACACCAAAGGCCCAGGCGACGCUCGUCCAACAGCCCUCCAAAUCAUCAAAGACGAAGGUCUCGAGGAAAAGCGCCAGGGGCAAAUCUUCGUGAUUACCGGCACAUCCUCUGGAAUCGGCAUCGAAACUGUCCGCGCCAUCGCCGCUACUGGGGCUACUCUCUACCUCACAGCCCGUGACCUCGACAAAGCCAGAACAGCCUUGGAUGGCAUCUUCGAUCCCUCCCGUAUGGAACUGUUCCAGAUGGACCAGGGGUCUCUUGCAUCCGUCCGCGCUGCAGCAGAAGCUAUUCUGAAGAAGACGUCCAAGAUUCACUGCCUCAUUGCCAAUGCGGGUAUCAUGGCUAUUCCUGACCUUCGCUUCACUGAGGAUGGUCAUGAGCUCCAGUUCGGCACCAAUCACCUGUCUCACUUCCUCUUCUUCCAGCUUCUCAAGCCUGCACUCCUUGCUGCUGCCUCGCCUGACCUUCCCUCCCGCGUUGUGGUUCUUUCGUCUUCCAGCCAUAACAUCCAUGGCAUCAACGACUCUGAUAACUACAACUUUCAGCACGGCGACUAUGACCCUAACGUCGCUUACGGCCAGUCCAAAACAGCAAACAUCUACAUGGCCAAUGAAAUCGAGCGCCGCUAUGGUGCAAAGAAUCUACACGCUACUAGUGUCCACCCAGGCGUUGUAGCCACAGGACUGACCAGGCACAUGCCGCCCGAUGCCUUCAAGGGUAUGGAGCAUAUCUAUCCUAUGAUGAAGAGUGUGGAGCAAGGUGCUGCUACUACGGUGUGGGCGGCUGUUGGUGAUGCUUGGAAGCAUAGUGGUGGCAAGUACCUUGUUGAUUGCGAUAUUGCCAAGCCGUCUCUUGACGAGGAUGAUAAGAUUAUCGGGCCCGGGUAUGCUGCGCACGCGUAUGAUGUUGAGAAGGCGAAGCGACUGUGGGAGGACUCGAACAAGUUGGUUGGAUUGGAGGAUGAGGAGUAG